AUGCAGCAAGAGUAUGAUGCCUUGAUCUCGAAUGGAACAUGGACUCUCUGUCCAAGACCUCUCCACCACAAUGUAAUUUGUAACAAAUGGGUGUUCAAGAUUAAGAGAAAGGCUGAUGGCACAGUGGAAAGGUUCAAAGCUAGGCUAAUUCAGAUCUACGUGUUGGUUUAUGUGGAUGAUAUUAUCAUCACAGGCACUCAUCCUCAUAUAAUCACUAAUAUUAUUGUUAAACUGCAAUCUGAAUUUCCACUAAAAGACCUUGGUCCUUUGAGCUACUUUCUUGGUAUACAGGUUACUAGAGAUGCAUCUGGUCUACACAUUUGUCAAACCAAGUACAUCACAGAGUUACUACACAAGACACAAAUGAAUGGAGCCAAACCCUCAAAAUCUCCCUGCACCCUUGGAUCCAAACUCUCCAGAUUAGAUGGUGAGACAUUGUCAGAUCCUACACCUUAUAGACAAGGGGUUGGGGCACUACAGAAAUACACACUUACCAGACCAAAAAUAGCCUAUUCAAUCAACCAAUUGUGUCAACAUAUGCAUGCACCAUCAACCACUCACUGGACUACUGCCAAACGAGUACUGAGAUAUCUCCAAGGCACAACUGAUCAUGGACUUUACUACAACAAGGGCAAUCUCCAACUCAAUGCUUUUUGUGACUCUGAUUGGGCAGGAUGUCCGGAUGAUCGCAGGUCUACCAUGGGGUUUACUGCAUUCUUAGGAGAAUGUCUAAUAGCCUGGAGUGCCAAGAAGCAGGCUGUAGUCUCCAGGUCAAGCACUGAAGCUGAAUACCGCUCUCUUUCCAUCACCACUGCAGAAUUGUUUUAG